AUGUGCAGCGCAUUCACCAUACUUGGUGUGACUCUAAAAGGACUUAGAUUAUAUCUCUUCCCGUAUACACUGCGGGAUGAAGCAAAGAGGUGGGCUCAGUCGUUAGAGCCAGAUGAGAUUAAUGCAUGGGAUCAGUUGGUUGAAAGACAAUUAGUGAAGAGCUGUCCGCAUAUUGGGAUUCUUGAUUGCAUUCUGAUGGAGACUUUUUACAAUGGCUUGGAUCAACUAACACAAGCAGUUGUUGAUGCCUCCGCAACAAGAGGAUUAAUGGACAGGCCGUAUAUGGAAGCAAAGAGCAUCUUAGAUCGCAUUUCGCAAAAUUUAGAUGAAUGUACCUCGUCUCUAGAAACAUUGUUGAAACAUUAUAUUGAGAAGAGCGAGGCAAUUAGGCAAUCGCAAGCUUCCUCCCUUAGAGAGCUGGAGGAGCAGGUUAAACAGCUUGCGAUUGAACUUAAGAAUAAAACGCCUGUCCCUGUACCACCUGUACCAGAGUCAAUAACAAGACCAGUAGAUUUAACCACCGACGAUUACCAGUCAACCACUAAUGACAAAAUCACCAGUUCAGAAGUAAGUACAUCUACAAGGGAUGAAUCUCGACAAGACUUAAAUUCAAAAUCAACACAACCUCCAGUUAUUAAAACACAGCAAGCACAGGACCUUAAUGAACAGCCAGCUGCACAGGAAGUACGGCGAGAUCCUCCAUCUUUCCCAUCCAGGCUAAAGAAGAAAGAUGAUAGUAAGCAAUUUCAGAGGUUCUUGGAUGUUCUCCGACAACUACACAUUAAUAUUCCCUUAAUAGAAGAUUUGGAGCAAAUGUCAAGCUAUGUGAAAUUCCUCAAGGAUAUAUUUGCUAAUAAAAGGAAGAUCGGGGAAAAUGAAAUAGUUGCAUUAACAUAUGAAUGCAGUGCACUGUUUCAAAACAAUAUCCCCACCAAAAUGAAAGAUCCUGGGAGUUUCACAUUUCCCUGCUCAAUAGGAGGGAAGAAGGUCAGAAAUGCGCUGGGUGAUUUAGGGGCGAGUAUAAAUUUAAUGCCCUUGUCGAUCUUCAAGAAGCUAAAUAUCGACAACGCAAGACCAACUACAAUUACAUUGCAGUUGGUCGAUAGAUCGAUAACGCAUCCCGAGGGCAAGAUAGAGGAUGUACUCGUGCAAGUAGAUAAAUUCAUCUUCCCUGCCGACUUUAUCAUAUUAGAUUAUGAAGCUGACAGAGAGGUGCCUAUCACCUUGGGUCGCCCAUUUCUUACAACAGGGCGAGCAUUGAUCGAUGUAUAG